GCUUCCCAGCCCGCUGCCCUCCCGCCCGCCCCCGCGCCCUCCCCUCCUCGCCCCUCACCACUUCUCCUGGGCGCCCGUGCUUGUUUCGGGCCUUCCAGGAAAAGUUGCAGAGUCCCGAGUUGUUUGAUUUAUUUUAUUCUUUCUCUCUGUUCGAGGGAGCAGGUGUCUGAAGGAGGGAGCUAUGUAGGAGGUGCCGGGGCACUCAGGGAGGUUCCGAGGCGAUAAGUGGAGAGGAUGUGGGAAUGGAAGGGAUAAAGUCGCCAGUGCUCUCAGGGUGUUCCAGGGGAGAGACUCGGCACCCUCCUCCUGCGGGGAAGGGGGAUUGAGCACCCCAGUUCUGUUUCAUUAACAAACAAACAACAAAGUGAAGGACAGAACCAAACCCAGCCCAACCCAGUGGCCCGAGGAUGGAGUUUCAGUAGCCACCCACAGCUGGACUCUUGGGGGAAGAGGGUUCGUGCACGCUGGCUCACGCACACAUGAAGAGAGUCUCAAAGUUGUUUGGCUUCACGAAGAGAUAAGGCCGGUCGAGCUCAAUGUUUUUAAAGGUGGGCCGUGUAUGAUGAAACCCAACGUCUUUUAAAGUGUAGCAGAUUUCAUUUUUAUGGCCAAAUGACAGCUUGACCCAGUUGUUAUCCAAUCAAAGGGCAUUUUUUUGAAUGUCUCUUUGUGGCACAACAGCCAACGCAAAAAUGAUGGCGGCUUACAAUGGCGGUACGUCUGCGGCGGCAGCAGGUCACCACCACCACCAUCACCACCACCUUCCUCACCUCCCUCCUCCUCACCUCCAUCACCACCACCACCCUCAGCAUCACUUGCACCCUGGCUCUGCAGCUGCGGUCCAUCCCGUGCAGCAGCAUGCCUCUUCGGCGGCUGCGGCUGCGGCGGCUGCGGCCGCAGCGGCGGCGAUGUUAAACCCGGGGCAGCAGCAGCCGUAUUUCCCAUCCCCGGCACCAGGCCAGGCCCCUGGACCAGCUGCAGCAGCCCCAGCUCAGGUACAAGCUGCAGCAGCCGCUGCAGUUAAAGCGCACCAUCAUCAGCACUCACAACAUCCACAGCAGCAACUGGACAUUGAGCCGGACAGACCUAUUGGAUACGGAGCCUUUGGGGUUGUCUGGUCAGUAACAGAUCCACGCGAUGGAAAGAGAGUUGCACUCAAAAAGAUGCCCAACGUCUUCCAAAAUUUGGUCUCCUGUAAAAGGGUCUUCCGGGAGUUGAAGAUGUUGUGUUUUUUUAAGCAUGACAAUGUACUCUCUGCCCUCGACAUACUCCAGCCUCCACACAUUGACUAUUUUGAAGAAAUAUAUGUUGUCACCGAGUUGAUGCAGAGUGACCUCCAUAAGAUUAUCGUCUCUCCUCAGCCACUCAGCUCGGAUCAUGUCAAAGUUUUUCUUUACCAGAUUUUAAGAGGUCUGAAAUAUCUCCAUUCCGCUGGCAUUUUACAUCGAGACAUUAAACCAGGGAACCUGCUCGUGAACAGCAACUGUGUUCUGAAGAUUUGUGAUUUUGGAUUGGCCAGGGUGGAAGAGUUAGAUGAAUCUCGCCACAUGACUCAGGAAGUUGUCACCCAGUAUUACCGAGCUCCAGAGAUCCUGAUGGGCAGCCGCCACUACAGCAAUGCUAUUGACAUCUGGUCUGUAGGCUGCAUCUUUGCAGAGUUACUUGGGCGAAGAAUCUUGUUUCAGGCACAGAGUCCCAUCCAGCAGCUGGAUUUGAUCACAGACCUGCUGGGAACGCCGUCACUGGAAGCGAUGAGGACGGCUUGUGAAGGCGCCAAGGCACACAUACUCAGGGGUCCUCAUAAACAGCCAUCUCUUCCUGUCCUAUAUACACUCUCCAGUCAAGCUACACACGAAGCAGUUCAUCUCCUUUGCAGAAUGUUGGUCUUUGAUCCAUCCAAAAGGAUAUCUGCUAAGGAUGCCUUAGCCCACCCGUACCUCGACGAAGGGCGCUUGCGAUACCACACUUGUAUGUGUAAAUGUUGCUUCUCCACAUCCACUGGAAGAGUUUACACGAGUGACUUUGAACCCAUCACUAACCCCAAGUUUGAUGACACUUUUGAGAAGAACCUCAGUUCUGUUCGGCAGGUGAAAGAAAUAAUUCAUCAGUUCAUUCUGGAACAGCAGAAAGGAAACAGAGUGCCUCUCUGCAUCAACCCUCAGUCUGCUGCUUUUAAGAGCUUUAUUAGUUCCACGGUUGCUCAGCCAUCCGAGAUGCCGCCAUCUCCAUUGGUCUGGGAGUGAAGUGGAAGAGAAUAAACUACUGAAGAUGUAAUGUAGCUUUCCACUGGAGCCUGGGAUUUGCAAUUCUGGAGGUUAAUCAUGCUUGUACUGUAAUUUUACUAAUGAAGUUUUAAAUUAACAACCACUACUUGUACAAUAUGAAUGAUAUUUAGAGCCGUACUAGACUUUUAAUCUUGUAAAGUGGUUGUGCUUUUAGAAGAGAAUAUUUCCCCCAGAGCUGCACGUGUUGGAUGAAUUGUGGUGCAGCUGCGGUGGCUCAGCUCGGAACAAACGGAAUCGAACCAAAUUUGGGGAGGGUUUGUCUUUUCUUUUCCUUUCUGUUUUCUAUUGCAGUGAGUCUGUACAAACACCUUUUGAUAUUGAGCCAUUCCUGAGGAUUUUGGGUUUUCUAAAACUAAGGAAUACAGAAAACUUGACUGCGACCAAUCAUGAAGUCACGUCGGGCGAUGGCACGUCCCCGACUGAGCCCUAUAAAUAGCUUCUCACUAGAGCUGUGAUGGUGAUGUGUGCUGUUCUAAAACCAGAUGUUGUGAGUAGAGAGAAUGAGUUUGUGACUAGGAGAGACUAAACUUCUGUUUCCUCACCCAGUAUAAAUAUAUAUAUAUAUUUAAUCUAUUUUUAUUAGAAGGUUUUCUGCUCUUUCUUACAUGAAACCCCCCAGCAUGCAUCUCUGUGUGUAAAUAAUGCCAUUGAUGGGCUGAUUUGGGCGCUCCCCGGCAUCGUUGCUGUAUAGAGAGGAACUAGCUUGCACAUUUUAGGUCUGUGAAACUUUGUGAGAACUUUUUCCUGCACUGGAGAGUUGAGGAGAAAAAAAAAAAAAAAGGAAAAAAAAAGGAAAAAAAGGAAAAAAAAAAAAGCCCCUGGGGAAUUCUGUGACUUGGUGUUCGUGGCUUUAGGCAGAGCUGUGCAAGUCUUGAGAUGUCACCGUAGGACCUGACUUUGGUUACCGUUUGGCUCAUUGUUUUUCUGUUGGAACACUGAAUUCUGUGCAUAUGUAUAUAUGUGAACACAACUGAAGGCCUCUACCUCCUGGAGUGUACAACUUGCUUUGUUUACCUCCACAUGAGUUUUGUUUUUUUAAGUUCAGCGUGGAGACUCGAAACUUGAAUGUCCCAACUUUUGUAUUUAAACCGAGACAGGAAAACCCCGCGCCUGUUUUUCACCCGUACCAAGGGAUCCGCAAGGGUGGUGUGAGCCUGGGAGCAGCGGUCUGGAGGGAACGCGUGUGCUUGUUACGGACAAUUAACUGUUAAAGUUAUUGUAAGUUAUCUGUAUUUAGCAGAGUAUUUUCAACACGAGUGAUCUGAGCUGCAACUGGAGAUGUCAGUAAGUUAUGGGUGGAAGUUUUAACUUCAAUGAAGUAAUUAUUUGCUGUGAAAGAGAGGAAUAAGGUGGGAUAACGGAACAAAGAUGGGGCGAUGUCUUUGUUUCUGUACGAGGCUCCUGAGAAUAAAACCAACUGAAGCAUUUCAAUUCACUUGAAUGAGAACCGUGUGUAAUUCCAGAGCCCAGGGCGACACUGGUGUGACAGGUAAAAUCUCAGAGGUUGGUCAGUUAAUGUGGCACACUUGCUGGUCACUUUGUAAAGUGUAGAUUUGAAGUACAGUGGUGAAAACAUUAAAUGUGACAUUUGAAACCGGA